CUUCGACAAACCACCCGCCCAACGACAGAAAACGAAUUUACUAACCCCCCCCCCCCUCUCCAACAGCAGCAGCAGAAAGCAAAAGGGCACCCUGAGUGCCUGAUCUGUUCUGUUUUUUUUUAUAAUCGCAAAUCAUCUCUUGUUAAUCGAUCCGGCGCAUGGAGCGAGGGAAUUUCUAAUUCGACAAUUGCUCUGCGAGUUGCUGUCCCGGAAUCCAGAAUCCAAAAAACAAAAAAAAAAGCCAAAAUGUCGGAAAGCGACAAAUAUGAAGUUCUUGAAAAGAUUGGUACGUCCUUCCCUGUCGCUUUUGCUCUGCCACGGCUCGUUUGGCGUCAUCCGACGAGUACGCCGCAAGCAGGACGGCAUGAUCCUCUGCCGGAAAGAGAUCAGCUACCUCAAAAUGUCCCAAAAGGAGCGCGAACAGUUACACGCCGAGUUCCAGAUCCUCUCGACGCUGCGCCAUCCCAAUAUUGUCGGCUACUACCACCGCGAACACCUCAAAGCGACCCAAGAUUUGCACCUGUACAUGGAAUACUGCGGGAAUGGAGAUCUCGGUCGGGUCAUCAAGGAGUUGCAACAAAAGAACCAGUAUGCUGAGGAGUCGUUUGUGUGGAGCAUCUUUUCGCAGCUCGUUUCGGCCCUCUACCGCUGCCACUACGGCGUCGACCCACCAGAAGUUGGUAAGACCGUGUUGGGUUUGGGAACGACAGCGAGGCCUAAGGCGCCGUCGGGUGGCACCAUCAUUCUUCAUCGUGAUUUGAAGCCAGAGAAUGUCUUCCUCGGCGAGGACAACUCGGUCAAACUCGGCGACUUUGGCCUCUCCAAAGUGAUGGCCUCCCACGACUUCGCCUCCACCUACGUCGGAACCCCCUUUUACAUGUCCCCCGAAAUCUGCGCCGCCGAGAAAUACACACUGAAAUCCGACAUUUGGUCAUUGGGAUGCAUCAUCUACGAACUCUGCACUAGGGAACCACCGUUCAACGCCAAGACGCACUUUCAACUCGUCCAGAAGAUCAAGGAGGGGAAGAUUGCGCCGCUUCCGGCCUGUUAUUCGUCAGAGCUUUUCGCGGUGAUCAAGGACUGCCUCCGGGUGAAUCCGGAUAGGAGACCGGACACGGCGGCAUUGUUGAACCUCCCGGUGGUUAGGUUGAUGAGAAAGGAAAAGGAGGUGGUCGAGUUCAGCAAGACGCUCAAGGCCAAGGAGGACUCGCUCAACAGGCGGAUUCGGGAGGUGGACCAGAAGUUGGCCUUGUUGGAUCAUGACAAGGUGGCGAUCAGGCAGGAGAUCGACGCUUCCCUGAGGAGGGAAUGGGAAGUCAAGGCGAGGUUGGAGAUUGACCGGCUGGUAGGGUUGGAGAUUGAGAGGCUCAAGAAGGAGUUUGAGAGGGAAGUCGAGGCCAGGGCGGAAGCCAAGGUUGAGGCCCGCCUCGAAGUCGAACUCCAACGACGAAAGCAGCUCGAGGAAAAGGAACAGCACCGCCCUGCGGAGCUCUCUUCUUCCAAGGACUCAUAUCAGCACUCGUCGAUUUCUUCUAUCAGCCCGACAGAGGACGAGUUCCCCUCGACGACCGAUAUCACCGAGCCUGAAUCGCCGGCCGAUACCUCCAUGACGCAACCGUCCUUCAAGACGGCGCGCACUCCCUUUGGGAGAGCCCAGACCAUGUUUGUGAUGGCGCCGCCGGUUGGCACACCAAUGGAUGUUGAUGCCAGUCCUGUCGCUAUUGCCCACUUGUCUCUUUCUCCCCGAAGGAAAAUCGAGACCAAGGCUCCACACAACCCAUCGAAUAUCUUUGCUGCUGCGGCGGCUAACACGCAAGCUUCGGGCGACAGGCCUCCAUCACCGGUAAACUAUGGGAGUGACUCGGAUGAUGAGGAUAUGCCCAGCCCGACGAGGAAUAUCAAGGCCUCGAGCAAGAACCCCUUUACCAGCAAGGGGAGGCCGCAGUUGCAUGCGCAAAAGAGUAUGCCUGUGCAUAGGCUGCAAAGCAAGCAGACGACUACCUUGCAAAGCAAGACUGUUGGGGCGGUGGCGAGCAACCCUGACUUUGGAACUGGGGGGUUGACGCUCAGGCAGGCGGGGAGCAAUGGUGCUCUUGGACAACAGCAGCAGCAACAAGGAAACAGCCCCGGGUUGAGGAGGUUGAGCAAGAUUCCUAGUGCGGCGGGGUUGAACAAGAAUCUCUCUGACGCGAAGAAGGAAGGGGAGCUGCAUACAACGGUCAGUAUGACGGGUCUUAACAAGAUUUCUGGCGGGAUGAGGUCAAAUAUCCAGGGUAGGACACUGGUUGAGCUUCAGCAGGCUAGGGCUGGGGGUAGGCCGUUGAGCGGGAUCAUGACUGGGGAGGGGUUCAGCAGCGGGUUGAAUGCGAACACGGGGGGAAUGGGAGGGGGAGGGAGUCCGGUGAGGGCGUUUAGGGAGCAUGCUGCUGCUGCUAAUAGGGGGUUGGGCGCUGAGCCGGCGGCUGUGUGGAAUCCGGAGACGGACGAGAUGCCGAGUCCGUUUUUGGUGAGGAGGAAGCCGAUUGUCAAGGCUUAG